UCUCCGUUCCGCGCAUGCUCUGUUCGCUCCCUGCCUGUAUAGAGGGCAGUGGAAAUAAAGAGAGAGUUAACGGGGAUCCAAGAAGUGGCAUGUUACAGCACCGCAACUUUUUCCUGGCUCUUCUUCUUCACGAUGUUCUUUGGGAUUUUAAUAAGAUGCGUGUGUGUUUCCCGAUAAGCAUCUUUCUCCUCGCCGUCAACUUAUACUGUCAGCUGCUGCGAGCUCAGGAUCCCUCCUGCUGCCAAUAUGCUGCUGAGUUAUCACCCUGUAAAGAAGCUUGUGACCAGCUUGCAACCAUCAAAAGUGAGUCACGCCUAAAGCAUCUCCUCCAGAGGUUACCCAAUUACUGUCCUGAGUCUCUGAAUGAGCUCUGGAUGUGCAUCAAUUCUACACUCCCAGGUGUUUCCAAGAAGUCCGAUGGUUGGGUUGGGCUUGGUUGUUGUGAGCUGGCCAUCGCAGGAGAGUGUCGUAGAGAAUGCAAACAGGCCUCAUCUAAAAAUGACAUAACAAAAGUAUGCAAAAAGGUCACCGAGAACUCUCUCUACAGCUGCAUCACCAAAAAUGAAAUGGGCUCGGCAUGUUGUGGUUUUGUGGGCCGUCACACCAACUGCAGGGACUUCUGCGAUGCCAUAUUCAGGACGGACUCGACGCCAACAGAAUCCCAGAUCAAGACCGUCAAAGACUUCUGCAAGAGUCACAGCCCUAAGCUCGUCGAAUGCGUUAACAACUUCACCGAGUCCUACCCUGCUCGCAGCCCCAUUGACAGUUUGUACUGCUGUGACCGCGCUGAAGCCCCAAACUGCCAGACGGCCUGCCGCCAUCUCCUCCGCACCAUGAAUACAGACCAAGAGAUCAUGGAGGGCCUUAUUAAAGAGUGUGGCACCCAGCCCCUCCCUCAGGAUCCAAUGUGGCAGUGUUUCCUGAGCAGAGCUCACCCUCCUUCCCCACCCGAGGAGGAGACCCCCCAUCCAGCCAAGAUGGACUGCGCCAAACUACACUGCUGCUCAAAGGCAAACACAUCGGUCUGCAGGGAAAAGUGCCACCAGAUCAGCACCCACUGGGGCAGCCAGACAUGGCAAGACUUUGAUCAGCUGUGUGAGUACAACCCAAGGGAGAUGGAGCUCAUCAACUGCCUGGCAGAUGUCAGAGAGCCAUGCCAGCUGGGCUGCAAGGACCUGACUUACUGCACCAACUUCAACAACAGGCCCACAGAGCUGUUCCGUAGCUGUAACAUGCAAUCAGACCAAGGUGCCAUGAACGACAUCAAGCUGUGGUCCAACGGGACGAUCAAGAUGCCCUUCAUGAACAUCCCAGUCCUGGACAUCAGGAAGUGUCUGCCAAACAUGUGGAAGGCAGUGGCCUGCUCUUUGCAGAUCAAACCCUGCCACAGCAAAUCCAGGGGGAGCGUCAUAUGCAAGUCAGACUGUGUGGACAUUCUGACCAAGUGUGGGGAUAAGAAACGCUUUCAUGAAGGACAAACCCCAGAGAGGCUCUGUGAGGUGCUGUCUCCCAUCGAUGACCCUGAGCGCUGCAUCCCCCUCCACAGAUAUCUCACACAAAGUCCACUGAGCACCACCAUAGUGGAGGAGAUCAUCCAUCCAUGCAACCCUAAUCCAUGUCAAAGCAACCACUUAUGCCAGGUUAACAGAAAGGGCUGUCUUGAUGAAAUCAACUGUCAACCAUAUCUCUGUGUGCCAGGUUGUAAAAUGGGAGAGGCUUCUGAAUUUCUGGUGCAGCAGGACACUCUCAUCCAAGUUCCAACUCGUGAUGGAGCUCCCAGUUGCUACGAGAUGUGCAGCUGUGGCACCAGUGGGCGUCUGGAGAACUGCGUGGAGAUACCCUGUGUGGAAACAGACAAGGGCUGCAUUGUAGAGGGGCAACGAAAGAACCACGGGACGAGCUUUAGGACUGAUUGCAACACAUGUUCCUGCUUUGCUGGAGAAACAAUCUGCUCUACCAGGAAAUGUCCCACAGAAAGUGUCCAUUGGACUUCUACUGAUCUUCCCUGUAACUGCCCAUAUCGUUUCAUCCCAGUGUGUGCCUCCAACGGGCGGACCUAUCCCAGUGGAUGUGUGGCUCGUUGUAUGGGAUUCAAAGACCACCAAUAUGUCUUUGGCCCCUGCCAUUCCAUUAAACCUUGCUCUGACAUAACCUGCCAGAGGAACCAGAGGUGCAUCCCGAGGCGGCGUGUUUGUCUGAGCGACUCUUCGGAUUGUCCGCAGUAUGAGUGUGUUAGUCGGCCAGCAGUCUGCGACAGAAACAGCAUGGAGCCGGCUUGUGACAUUGAGGGCCGGGUGCAUCGCAGCCUGUGCCAUCUGCAGCAAUCCGGAAAGAUGCUGGCCUACAUGGGGCACUGCCAGGAGGCCUGCAAGAAGAAAAAAGAAGUCUGUGGUCACAACGGUGAGACGUACAACACGGUGUGUGAGGCCUUCUCUGACCGGGUGGCUGUUGACUACGAAGGCCCCUGUCGUGCCGUAGGGGCCCUGUCCGAUUUGGCUCUAGAUUCUGUGUGUAGUGAGGUGUCCUGUUCACCGAUAUCAAGCCCAGGCUGCCACCCUUUAAUCCCACCUGGAGCCUGUUGUCCUAUAUGUGCCAGCAUGCUGCAGAUCCUCUGGAGCCAGAAGCAGAUUAGCACUUUCUCAAAGCUGAACAGGAACCAGCCGGUGGCCGUCUACGACGUCCUGCAGAUCCUCCGGCUUCACAUCUCUGUACCGCAGUGUGACGUCUUUGGCUACCUGAGCAUUGACAACAGGCUGGUGGUUCUUGUUGCCCCAGUGGACCACCAACCAACACUUCUGCAGGUUGAGGCCUGCAGUAAGGAGGCCGAGAAGAUUGAUUCUCUCAUCAACUACGCUAGCCCCACUCUGGUGUCCCACGUUCCAUUGUCCGCCUUCCUCAGCUCUGAGAUCAGGACUUCGUCCAUCCACUCUGGGGGCUCUCUGCUGGCACCUGUACCCAUACUCCUCUGCUUCUGCCUGGUUCUCAUUAUCAUGGUGGCUCCUAGACUCCUGUAGCUUUAAGUGUUGAUUCUUCCUCCUGUUUUUUUCCCCAAAGUGCCCUGUUUCUGAGACUGUUUGGGUUGCCAUGGAAAAGGACAAGGAGACCAUUCUGACAAUCAUUCCUAUUGACUGCUGAGUCUUAAACAAUCAAGCUGGGGAAAAAAUUCUUAUUAUAGACCAUCUAUAAAGUAUUAUUAAUUGAUGAGUUACUCACUGGGUUUCCCCCUCAGUGGAGGGUGUGUGCGGGCGUGUGUGUCCGUGUGCUUGACCUCUAAGAAAUACCUAGCUUUAUAUCAACAGUGUUAUGUCAGGAACAGACUCUUUGAAAGGUGUUAAGGUUGAUGGCACACUCUUUGCGUGCAUGUGUGUGCGAGUAUGUCUGGUCGCGGAUCCAUAGAGGAAAAGUGACCUCAUCAUGUGUGUGAUGAAACCUCAAUGUUGACCACAUGUACAGCGCCCAUGCAUGUGACGUCUGUGUGGACCUAGUGUUUGAACCUCAGCAGUGUUAUGGACCGGUUCAGGUCCAGCAAACGGAUCCAGCCUUUAAAAUCAGACCCCAUUUCUGAUCAAACAAAAGUGCAACUAAAAUUAUGGAAUGCUUAAAGUGCCACAAAAUAUAGGGAGCAUAUACACACAAAUACAAAAUAUGCAAGUAGCAAUAAAUAGUAUCAAUAGAUGUAGAUACAGAAAGAUGUGUUAAAAAAAACUUUAUUUAAUGUCAACUAUUAGUUUUCUUAAGAAACAUGUUAUAAUUUUAUUUUAAUGUACUUUGAAUAUUCUUUACAUAUAUUUUUUAAUUGUUUUUAUUUUAUCUUCCAAUUUUACAUUUUAGGUUUUCACAGUCUCUCCUGAUCUACCUCUUUUUAGUUUACUGUCUUAUCUUUCUUUUCUGAUCUCAAAUAAACCUUUCUGUUCAGAUCAACAAAAGUGCUGCAGAAAAAUGGAAAGAACAGUAGAAAACAAAUGAUAAAAACAAAGACCAAUGACAUUUUAAAAAAAGAUGUAUGAGCUCAAGAUGUAGAAAAAUAAAAAGACAAAAAUUUAACUAAACAUUUUUUUGGCUCAUUUGAAAAAUGAGCUAAAAUUAAAAUUAUUUGAAACAGCAAAAGAGAUUUAUUCAUUCCUGUGAAAAUGGUAAGAAAAACUGUACUGACAGACAAAAGAAAUGUCAUUGCUUUGUCAUGUUUCCAGAGGAUUUCUUGGCACUCAGAAUGAUUUUGUAAAUGAUUUAAUUUUCAAGGAGCCGAAGCAUUAACCGUGGCAUGAUGAGUGGAGUGAUGUAUUGCAGGCCUUUGCUGAAGUGUCUGCUUGUAAAAUAUCAGAGCUCAAUAGACACAGGAAGCCUGGUAGUUGUAAUAAACAGCAUCACUCGGCUUGUAUGAAGCAUGUCAGCCAUAUUGCUUGGGGAAUUUAUUGGUUAGCUUGUGAGUAAUACUUUAUGUUGCUCUUCUAGAGCUCUCCUCGUAUUAAGUCAUUGAAAUACCUGUUCCCGGGGCUAAUAAAUUCGCAUUCAAGUUGCACCAUUCUUCAUAGCUGUGUAUCUAUGCUUGUUUUAUACAGUAGUAAAAAAUAUAAAUAUUUUCACAGUCUUCAAUUUUCUCUUAUGUCUUACUCUUGCUCUUAUAGGUAUUUUCUUCUUUAAUUGUUUUUACUUUUAUUUACACAUUAAUUUAUUUACAGAGUGUAUUUCCUCAUAUUUUAUCUUUUUUUUUGUGGCACUGCUGUUGUUCCAUACUAAUCUAAACUGAUGAAGAAUGCAGGCCCGGAUCUGCUGCAGACUUUACAACAUUUUUCAGGUCACCUGAUAAAGAGAGAGUUGGUCAUUUUUCCAUGGUGACUUUGAGCUUUUAGCGAACGCCUCAUCUGAUGUGGGGCUCAUAAAGUUUAAAAACAAAACUGCAGUCUGAAUGUGUGAAGCUACAUCAGUGAAUUCUGAUUGUAACUAAGGAAUGUUUUAUAGUUGAUGAGCACCAUCUCAAACAAAAGCCUCUCCUUGUGUUCUAUCACCAGGUGAAUGGUCCAUGACCAUAUAAAGGCUGGAAUUCCUGUCCCUUUGUUGGUGCUAUAUCUCUGAAGAGAACGGACUGUCUCUUUAGACAUUAAGAAUGAGAAGCCAUUAAAAUAACAAAAGGACAAUCAGCUAGUUCUACCUGGAGCACAUGUGGGCUAGAGAAGUUUUGUUUUUCACAGGUUGCCUUGCAUGUAGUCUUACAUGAAGUAUUAUUGAAGAUGCAAUAAAUCUGUAUUUGUUUAGAAAUGUCUGUAUUUGCAAUAGACUUGAUAAUGAUUUGUAAUGAUGCCUCAUGUUUGUAAAACCAGCUGGUAUUAUUAUUAUUAUUGUUAUUAUUAUUAUUAUUAUUGCAUGAUGAAAAUAUCUUAAUUCCAGGUGUGUACUCCAGUGUACGUUGUCUUGUUCCCGUGUUUGUCCGCCUGCCCAGCAUAAUGUGUUCCUAUCUCUAUCAGUAUUAUUGUGUUGGGCAGCUCUGUAGCAGGGAACUCUGGCCAUGCUUCCUCCAUCUGUUAUUGUUUUCAUUUUUAUUAUUACUAUAUAAAGUUCUAAAAUCUGAA